AUGAAGCGGGCACUCCCCCUCGGCGAGCUUCCAACGUCUGCUUGCUUCGACCUCUCGAGUAUCUACACUGGCUACCUGGUCUCGUCUGAAUCCUGCCAGUGCCCCGCGACAUCCAUCCCGCGGGGCUUCUCGGAGGGCUCGGAGUCGGUGGAGCGGCCAGGCGGCGUGGUGCGGCUGUCAGCCACGCGCGCCCCAGGCGUGCGGACCCACGCCGAGAUGAGCGCGGGCCGCUCCGCCGACUCGCCCAGCACGGGCUCCACGCUGUCGGCGGCAGCGGCAGCCGCGGGUGGCGCCACCAGCAGCGCCAAGGCCGACGCCUCGGGCGCCGCGUCACCACCCGCCGCCGCCGCACCAGCAGCGGCAGCAUCCGCCGAGGGGGCCGCUCCGCCAGCCGUCGGCGCCGCCGCAGCGGCCGCACCAGCUGGCUCCGCGGCCGCGAUCGGCAGCCGCGCGGACCGCCGCCUCGACGAGGACGGCGGCCUCGCGCACACCGAGCCCCAUCCCACGUGCGAGGUGCGCGCGGCCGAGGGCGCGGAGCCCGCGCUGGAGCUGGCGGUCACGCCGCCGGGGGCGCUCCUUGGCUGCAUCGUGGCAGCAGGCCUUCUGCGCCUCGUGGGCCCGCCGCUCAGCGUGGUGCCGCUGCGCGCCCCCAGGGGGGCCCACCUCGCGGUGCGGGGCGGUGGCGCCGCCGUGGCCGCAGGAGGGGGGUGCGUGGUGGCAGUACACCACGAAGGAGUACGCCCUGGCGAAGGCGACUCCGGUGGCGCACGGGCAUCAGGUACAGCUGCUGGUGACAGAUGGCCCGUUCGCAGGCACCCGGAACCCGAUGUAUUUGGGCAUGAUGUCAAUGUUUUGGGGCCUCACUUCCUCGACAACACCUGGUGGGGCCACGUCCUGUCGGUCCCGUGGGCGGCCUACGUGUGCGGCUACGUGGUCCCGCUCGAGGAGGCCUAUCCGGCGUGCCUCGCGGCCCUCCGCAAGGGGGCGACGAGGGCCCCGGCCGCAGGUGCGGCCAGCCACGGGGACAUCCCAGGGCAAGCCGCAGCCGCGAUAUACUUCGUGGACAGCGCUACCGACAAGGUCAGCAGCGCGACCGACAAGGUCAGCAGCGCUACCGACAAGGUCAGCAAUACUACCGACAAGGUCAGCGGCAUCCUCAUAGAGGACAUAUUUCAGUAUCCGAUCAUCGACGGCUCACGGCUUGGUGGGAACGCUUCGCUCUCGAAGUGGAAGACCAUCUUAGACGAGAGCUACAUUACACCUGGUAAAGUAUACGGAUAUCCGAUCACUCACACUCGGUCAAGUCUACGACAACCGAUUGACGUACACCCGGUGAAGUUCAAGACAGUCUACAGCCAGUUCAUUGUGAAGUUCAAGAUAGUCUACAGACACCUCAUUGUGAAGUUCAAGAUAGUCUACAGACAUCAUAUUGUGAAGUUCAAGAUAGUAUACAGACAUCAUAUUGUGAAGUUCAAGAUAGUCUACAAUUACCUCAUCGAGAAGUUCAAGAUAGUCUACGGUCUCUCUCUCUUCACUCGUUGGCUUGAAGGCGAGUACGGGCUGCACGAUCAAGACACCGUCGGACUCAAUAUCAACGCAGUUGGACGGAGUUACUUGUUGCUUCAGGGAUGCGACCUCUCUAUCAAGAAGGUCGACGACAUCAAACUCAAGAUCGACGGGGACCUCAGACGGUAUAAUGACAUCAAAGCUAUCAUGACGCGUCUCGCCAAGCAGUCACUGGCUCAGAACAACCCAGAACAGUACGAAGGUUUCUGGGUCGACUCAGAUGAAGAAGAAUACUGGGAUUACUACGGCUACUACGACGACUACGGCCAGUGGCAAUAUUACGAGGAUGACGAGUGGUGGGACGAGGAAGAACAAUAUGACGAACAGUAUCCUCCACCCAGGACCUCAGCAGCAGAUGAUGAGGCGUACAAGGGAUCCGGCAAGGGCAAGAAAGGAAACCCAGGCAACUGCAGCAAGUGCGGCUCUAGAUGGCAUCGAUCUGAAGACUGCCCGGCCGGAGGCAAGAAGGACACCAAGAAAGGCGACGACAACAAAGGGAACGGCAAGAGCAAGUCGGACUCGACCAACGGCAAGGGCAAGUAUCGUGGCGGAAAGAGCCGCGGUCGAGGCAAAGGACGAGGAAAAGGUUACCGUGGCAGAGGCAAAGGCAAAGGCAAGAAGAGCAAGGGCCACUAUGGUGAUGACUACGACGAGGAGUACUACGACGAUGAUUGGGACUGGAGUACCACUUACGGCAGUUGGUAUGCGACGAGAACCAAGACACAGAAUAAGGAUGCGCUGUGGACCUUCAACAAUCGAACAGAAGCCCAUCAUGGUUCAUCCUGGUCUUCACUGCAGACAGUACCCUCCUACAGCCUGGACGACCCGGAGUCACCAGACAUGGGACAAGGCCUGGAUUUCCUCGUCAGAGAAGUUCAGAACUUGUGCUACGAAGAUCAAGCAUCACAGCAGAACAAUCACAACGUGCACGAAGUCAACACGAGCUAUCAUUCUAUCAAAGGCACUAAAAGGUUUGGUCUGCUUUACGAUCCCGGUGCAUCGUCAGGCAUCAUCGGCACGGACACGGCACGGGAAUAUCAGCAGGAGAUUCUCGGCGGCGCAGAGAUCGAAUCCAGACCAACCCGAGCUCAGUUCACGGGCAUCGACGGCAAGCCGACACCCGGCAUCGGCAAGGCAAUCUUACCACUACGCAUCCCAGCCAUGAAGGACGCAACGUUCACGGGAGACAUGAUCGGAGGCAUGGGAAGCUGGUGCCCGGCUCUGAUGCCACUGCCAACCUCGAUCAGAUACAGGGCCAUUAUGUUCUCGGCGAUGUUCGACAACGGUGACGGCAUCCUGGUGAUUUUCCCUGACAAUCGACGACUUGGCAAUCGAGCUACACCAGUGUAUAUCAGGCUCCUGUUGACAGAUUCUCGACACUACAUCAUCCCGACGGACAACCAGCAUAUCCGAGAAGAAGUUGAUCAACAAUAUCUUCAUGGAGUUCUUCUGGAGCAUCUUCAAAUAUUCUGGGACUUCAAACCAUCCCGCUCUGGAGGCAGAUCGGCGGAGUUUCAAGUGGACACAGCACCCGCGGACACUAGCACCGGAGCGAAGUCAUCGGCUUUUUCGGGCAUGAGCAGGGAUGCGACCAACCCAGAAAUUCUGAAGCAGCUGGACCAUCUCAGCAAGAGCAUUGAGAGCAUCAAGGAUCACAUCGGCCAGCCCGCAGCUCACAACACGCACCACUUCUUGAGCACGAAGACAGCAUUCGCUGGACACAGUUGUGGAGACGACAAGCGCACCCAAGACCACCAGUAUCCUACGAGGAAAACGACUAUUACAAGAACACAAAACUUCUGGAAGGUCUGGGGCAUAUUCAAGGGCAGCGGCUUUACUGGUGAUAUGAUCCCAGACGGCCUGAAUCCGGCACAACAAGAACGAAUGCAGAAGAACUACCAGGGUAUCCCAGAGAAGUUCUACACCAAGACGAAACUUACGGUCAUUACCCCCAGAAAUGCGGACAGCUUCCUGAAACAUCUCCAAGAUCACAAGAUCACGAGCGUGGACAUGCAGGAACACUUCUCGGGAAGCAGCACCUUGUCAUUCUGGGCAUGGAAGUGCGAAUUCUCGGCAUUAUUCCCAACAGAUAUGAGAUACGGCUGGAACCUCGGACUGAAGGAACACCAGGACAUCAUUACCAGGUUUCAGAAGGCCAUCCGUAUCCAGGUGAAACUCUACACGCCAGAGUGCACCCCCUGGUCACAGGCGAGUCAGACGGCAGAUCCAGAGAGAAAGGCAGCAAAUCGCUCAGCAGAUCUUCCAGCACUUCAAUGGGUAUCCGACGAAUGCAAGAACGCGAACCUGGACGGCACGGACUACGUCAUAGAGAACCCAGCCAAGAGCGCGAUCUGGGAGGAGUCACCCUUGAAGGAGCUGCAGAGCGACGAGCGCAUGUACAAUAACACCUGCGACCAGUGCCAGCACGGAGCUCAGGACUCAGAAGGCAUACCCAUCCAGAAACGGACGAAGUUCAUGGCAUCCUUUCGCAUGAGGAGAACAGCAAUUCAGUGUCAGUGCGUACGUCCCCAUGCUUGGCUCGUUGGAGGCGCCCAGACAUCGAAGGCCAAGAUCUUUCCAGAGAAGCUGUGCAAGAACAUCUUGAAGGACAUCGGCAAGCGCAUCGAGAUGACACUCAAGGCACCAUUGGACCUUCUUUUCUGGACGUGCGAGAGCAUCAGCAGUGAAUCACCCAAGAAGGAAAUAGUGAUCAAGCCCAAUUUCGACUUGCAGCGCUUCAAACAUCAACUCGAAGAGGCGGCUUCGGAUCAAGCACGACUGGCAUUGCUCCUGGGAUUUCAUCUGAAGUUCUGGCACGCUACUCCGGAUGAGAUGGCGAGACUACUGGCGGCCCUUGGAGUGGAACCGAACAUCAUCAAGCUCUGCCCACAAGUGGUCAAGGAUCUGUGCGAAGGUUGUCGCAAGUAUGCCAUGCCAUUACACCGACCAGCGCUUCGCGCACACAUCACGACGAAGUUCAACGAGCGAGUUCAGGGCGACUUAUUCUUCCUGUGGGAUAUGAUAUGGCUCAUUCUAGUGGAUGAGCACAUCAGAUACAAGGUCAUUGGAGUGAUGAAGGACAAGACGGCCCCAGAGUACCUACGCUGCAUGGGAGAAUGUUGGAUCAGAUUCUUCGGGCCCAUGGAGACAUUCGUAUCGGAUCAGGAAGGAGCUCUAACCUCGGACCUCGUUGGGACGACGCUGGACAGGUACGCGAUCAAACGGGAGUUUGCCGGCACGGACCCCAACAAAGAGGAGAAGAGUACUACUGGAUUGGUGGAAUCUCACAUUCGCAUGACUAAGUCAAUAGCGCUGAAGAACGAGGUGGCCGCCAAGCGAGAGGGCCUUAACAUCUCCAAGGAAACGCUAAUGUACGAGGCGGCGAUGUCGCAGAACUUACUGCUCAACUUCGGAGGAAGCACGCCCGCCAACGCACUUCUCGGCUACACUCCUAGAGACUUUUACGACGAGAACUCGGCGACCACCAUGGCCCAUAAGGGCGCGCUCGAGAUUUCACCCGACACGUUUGAGUCGAACGUACGUAUGCGACUGUUAUCCAAGCAGAAUGUCCUGAAGACGAUCGUUGAAGAACGCCUCGCCAUAGCCAACAAGUCUCGACCACAGAAGCUGGACAUCGAGAGGAUCAAAGUCGGUGACAAAGUGGACUUGUAUCGCACACCGAGCAAGAAGGAUCAAGAGGGUUGGCGAGGACCAUGUGAUUUACUACACCUGAAGAGCACAGGAGCGAUCGUGGUAUGGAAUGGAUAUCCCUACAUCGUUCCACUGCGGCACAUUCGGAUUCAUCAGAGACUAACAGCCUGGACCAACAGCUACGAGCGUCAACAUACAGCAUCUCCACCGUCUAUGUACUUGGUCACGGACUAUACCGACAUGCUUGACAUUGUGGAAGGCACGGUUCCGUUCAAGCCGCAGAUCGUGGGCAUGCUGAUUGGCGCCGACGGCAAGAUGCGAGCCUCAUCCAGUAUGGGAGAGACACCUCCCAAGGUCUGGAGUCUAGCUCAGCAGUGCGCAGAGGACGAGUGGGGAAUCAAGAUCGACGGCAUUGUCUUUGGCAGAUGUGUUCGACGGUUAUAUGCGGUUACUGGAACUACUUUCGGACGACAGGUGAUCUGGGACUGCACGAGACGCGAUCAGUAUGUGACAACGGACAUCAAUCCCAGCAGACAGGUAUUAGACAUCAUCAAUGCCAUUCCGAACAUGAGCGACGUCAAUGCGUGCAGUAUCCUGUUCUAUUCCUUCUCAUCAAUGACAGAAGACGAGGAAACGAAGAAGUACGUCAUCCCCGACUUCUCGGACAUCUCGGCGAUCGAUCCCGACGAUGAGAGCAUGCUAGACCUACCUCUUCAAUGGCCUCUAUCACCUGACCAAGACUCAGAGGACAACCACCGCCACCUGGACCGCCUCCGGCACCAGCAGUGGCAGUACAGCAUCCUGGACAUGGACAUCCUCAAGCAGCAGAAGUACAUCCUGGACCUGGACCUCCUGCACCACCAGCUCCUCCAGCAGCUGGAAUCCGACUCCGACCCGGGCACGAUCAACUACCACUUCCAGCAGGACUGCCACACGGCGGAGGACCACCUCCGGGACCACCACCUGCUCCUGAACGAGCGCGACACGGCAUGGCCGGAUGGAGACGUCAGCAUCAUCGAGGCGGACAGCAAUAUCCCGCCAAGACCACCGUUUCCACCACCAGCUCCGCAGCGAGUUACCUUGCGAGACGACAACAGCUGGAAACGAGAUCGACAGGCACUGGACGAAUCUCAGCAGAGUAUCGAAGUGGAUGACAAGAGCAUGAUCAGUGACGAGCAGUUCGUGCCAGAGUCAGGCUCGGGAGCUCCUCCUCCACCACCGGCGCCGCCGGCGACGAUGGAAGGAUUCACAGCGUUCGGCGAUCAACAACUUAGUAUUCACCACGUUCAAGAUCGACACUUGGUCAGCGCCUACAUGGACAGCGAUGAAUUAGACGAGUAUCAGACGAUCAUGACCAGCAUGGCCCAGGAAGUUUCAGACAACCUCCAGUGCAUGAGCGAUAACGAGUUAACAUGGACGGCGGAAGAAGCACAUUGGACGAUACCCGGACCGUUCAAGGAGAGCAGAACCUUCUACUUCGACCUGAACACCGGCAAUGCGAUAUUCGCCCAGAACGAUGACAUUCUGACUGAGGAAGACAUCGUCAAGUACUGGCCGCUCGUCGAGGCGGCAGACCGAUUGGAAUCGAGGUCGUUCAUAGACAAUUUAUGUUUCAAAGCCGUUCAUCACAACAACAUGGACAGUUCGAAUGUGAUCGACGCGGUGUGGGUGCGACGUUGGAAGAAGGACGGCAAUAUUAUGAUGGCAUGGACGGUGCACGUGGACGACAUUAUAGUAUUGGCGAAGCAGGCAUGGUUGUUAUGGGGUCUCAAUUCCAUGGAGAAGCGAUUCGGCAAGAUCAAGAGACACGAGCUUCCUUUCACGCACAUGGGUAUGAGCUAUGAAGUAUUGGGCGAGAGACACUUAUUCAUACAUCAACAUGUAUUCACGGAAGGACUGAAGAAUAUCGAAAUACCCUUCAAGCUCAAGGACAAGCUCGACCAUGAAUGUGACGCCAAGUUGACGCACGAUUUGAGAUCAGUACUUUGUUCACUGUUGUGGCUUUGCCAGACACGAGAGGACAUCUAUUGCGACGUGGUGCAGCUUCAGCAGAUCGUGAGGAAAAGCAAUAUCGGACACCUGAAGCAGGCCAACUUGAUCGUGGACCGCGCCAAGAGGAACAUGAAGAUGGCGGGAUUGCAUUUCGCACCAUUAUCUUACCCGGUCAGGCUAGUAUCAGUUGGAGACGCAGGUCACGGCAACACGAAGACGUCCUAUCCCCAAGAAGGAUCAGCGGUAUUUCUCAUGGAGGACCACAUGUAUCAAGUACGUAUCGACAAAAAGGACCUAGUGGACCCUAGUGACAACCAUCUCCUCGGAGGCUCAACCCAUCCUUUGAUGAUUUCUUCUGGAAAGUCCAAGCGUAUAUCUCAUUCCACGUGCAACGCAGAGACGAAUGCCGGCUACAAGGUGAACCAAGCGGCCCAGUUUAUUGCAUUACGGAUGAGCGAGAUUAUCAUGUGUUCAGAGACUCAACAUAAGGCCAAGGACAUGAUGGAGAUUUUCGAUCGCUCAUUGUAUCAAGUAAGAAUCGACCACUGCACGGACUGCAUGGACUUCUGGCAAUUAUGCUGUGGAGUGAAAGGCGUGCCUUCGGAUAAGUCAAGCAGGCUGGCAGUACUGAGCAUGCGCGAGGAGAGGCUCAGCGGACGCAUCCGCAACUUCAUCCACCUGCCCACCGAAGUGGUCAUAGUCGACGGACUCACCAAGACGGGCACGUUCAAGUUACUCAUGGAACAUCUGACGACGGGCCGAUGGUAUGUGAGGCCACCCAAGGGCAAGUAUAUCACGAUACGACGUAUCAUACAUCAACAGGACAGUUACUCAGAGCAGGACUUGCUAGACCUCAACGAGUAG